AUGGCCGAUCCAAUAUCAAUUGUGGGACUGAUCGUGGACGUCAGUUCGAUAAUCAAGGCCACCAUAACCUACGCAAAAGCUGUACGAGAUGCAAGGUCUGACACUCAAAAAUUGAGUGAGGAGCUUUUUGCGCUUAAAGGGAUACUGGAACAUCUUUCAGUACACAUCGAGCCUGAAGAUUCGGAAAGAUUGCCGUCCUACUCAGAAGCCGUAGCUUUUGACUCCGAACUACUAAGGGGCACCCUGAAAACAACCCAUGAGUUUCUCACAUCCCUCCUUCAUGACCUCGAAGCGCCGGCAAGCAGAUUCAAGCAACUUAAAAAAAGCUGGAAUGGCCAUUCACUCAAGAUCAAUUCAACGCCCACCUGA